AUGAGCAACGCAACUCUCUUCUUCCCUAGCAGUAGGAGAGGAGACGAGGAGAAGAAGAAGGCCAAAAGACGAUCCGGUGCUUUUCCAGCGUCCUGGCAGCCGUUGAUGCUGGCGCAAGCGAACACCUACCAAGGUACCUCACGCGUCAAGUUUUCGACUUGGGAGAGAGCCAGAGCGGCCUUCCUCCCCAGGAUACCUCCUCAAUGUUGA